AUGGGCGGCGAUAUCGAUACGCUGCCGAUGUGGCCACCCGUUCUGCGUGGCCGCUACACACGCGUUCACCGGCUUUCUGUAGAAAAGCUUCCAGAAACGCCACUGCGCGCCGCAAGACCAGUCCACCUCGACCAUGCGCACCAGGCCCAAAUCGCCCGGGUCACUGUCACCGCGUCCCAGAUUUUCGUCACCAGCGCACACACCAACGGCCUC